CGAACCAGCGGAGCGGUGUGUACGUCAUGUCGUUAGACGAAAUCAUAGUGCAAGUGCAAUCACGACCUGAACUGUGGUGUUCCUCGCACCCUUGUUUCAAGAACAGGGCAAUCCACAAGAGGACGUGGCGGCACAUUUCGAAGGAGUUGGAUAUUGACGAAAUCACACUGAAAAAACGGUGGAAGCAUCUCAAGGACCAAUACAGAAAGGAGUUGAAGAAAGCCAAAAACGCACACAACGGAGAAAUUCCAGACGACUACCUCUCCUGCUGGCAGUGGUUCCCGUCCUUGUCCUUUCUAAAGGAUGAAAUCCUGAACGGCUCCGUCAAAGUGAACAAAUCAGUUUUGGUCUCCGACACGGACACGCAGAGCGACGAUGCAGAAGACAACAGUCCGACGAAAAAAUUCAAACAGAACGUGGAAAACGCCGCCAACAAGUCAUUGGACUCCAAAAAGGUGAGUAUAAUAAUGAAAAGGGUGAACGCGAUACACGAACUGGUCUCAAACAAAAGGACGAUUGGUUUGGACGACGCCACGAAGAACGAUACGGAUUACAUGUUCCUGAUGAGUCUACUGCCGUCCAUGAAACAGUUGACGGAGAUACAGAAGUUGCACUUCAGGGGGAAAAUCAACGACUGGCUGAUAGAAGCGAUGACGCAGAACGAGUAUAACAAUGGUGAUAGCAAAUUCUUCUUCCACACACAAGUGGCGGAGCUGCAGAAGGAGGAAGAAGACUGAUACUGGUGCAAGACGGUGGUGACGUUCAUGUUGAUCAUCGUGUUUGGACUGUUUGUGUACACGUGCAAGUGUUUUCUCUUGAAUAAAAUCUGGAGAUAUUUCUAAUAUUUUUUUUUUAUAGUGAUAUUGUGCGAUCUCAUCGGUUAGAAUUGGAUAAGAUUUGAAUUUGUUAACGAAUAUAAUGUCCAAAAUAUGAUU